UUUCCUUUUUACAUGUCAUAAAUAUGCAUGCGUGAUUGUACAUGUAACGUCAAUCCUCAACCAAGUUUUUGAUUCAUAUAUACUCAACAAGUUGAUGGAACAGUUUUUGGGGUUGGAGGUGGGAGUAGGUCAGCAGUGGCGGACACAGAAUUUUUACCGGGAAAUUCAUCAUUUACUAUAAAUACAUUAAAAGAAAAUUGACCUUGUAUAUCAAGUAAUGAGUUCGAAUAAACUCCCUUCCGUCCCUCUAGCAUCACCCCUAGGUGGGUUGGGAUAAUUCUUUGGUAUUUAACUUUGGGAGCAUAUUUUGGUUCCAGGACUCCUUCUUUGUUGAACUUUUUUUUAAAAUAAGCAUGAUGUUCAGUCUAGCUUGGGUGGAGACUAAUCCAUCAGGACUGGGAACAAAUGAGAAGUCAGUAAUAUCGGUGUUGGGGCACAGAAAUGCAAGCCAGAGGAAGAAGAUCAGAGAAACCUAUCAGCAACUUUACAACAAGUCCCUUGUUGAUGACAUUUAUUCUGAGUUGUCUGGUGAUUUCAGGAAAGCUGUCGUCCUGUGGACAUACGAGCCUUCUGAAAGAGAUGCACGGCUAGCAAAUGAAGCCUUAAAGUCAAGAAAGAAAACCAUCACCCAAUUCCAAGUGAUAGUAGAGAUAGCUUGUGCAUCAUCUCCUGAUCAUCUGGUCGCGGUGAGACAAGCAUAUUGUGGCCUUUUCAACCAUUCACUUGAAGAAGAUAUCACAGCAAAUGUCCCUAUGCCCGUACAAAAGAUUCUUAUCGGUCUAGUCAGGUCUUAUAGAUAUGAUAAAGAAUUGGUGGAUCCUAGUAUUGCAAAUGCAGAAGCUGCUAUCCUUCGAGAAGCCAUUCGGACAAAGCAGUUGGAUCGUGAUGAUUUUCUUAUCAUACUCAGCACAAGGAAUGUUCAUCAGCUGAGAGCAACUUUUGAGUGCUACAAGCAAAAUUAUGGAUUCCCCAUUGACCAGGACAUUAAGAGCUGUGGAAAAGGUCUGUUAGAAUCUAUACUGAAGGUGGUUAUCUGGUGCAUUGAUUCACCAGAGAAACAUUUUGCUGAGGUUGUCAGAGCCUCGGUUGUCGGGUUAGGAACUGAUGAGGAUUCACUAACUAGAGCCAUUGUAACUCGAGCUGAAGUUGAUAUGAUGAAAGUAAGGGGAGAGUAUUUCAUCGCGAACAAAACUAGCCUUGAUAAUGCAGUUAUUGAUGACACGUCAGGCGAUUACAGGAAGUUCCUCAUGACAUUGCUAGGUGACAAAGUUUAGAUCCUUGGACCUGAUCAUUGAGUUGUAGUCUUUCAAUACUAUGAUUCUACUUUGUAUGAUUUGAAAAUGCUACAUGAACAUUUAAGGGUAGAUUGUUUAUGAAAAAACUAAUGGUUGGAGAGUGACAGUGUGUAUAAGUUUGUGGAUUGUCACUUGCUUGUGAGUGAAUAGCAGCUUUUGUUCCUUAAGGAGUGGAAAUGUGCUGAGGAAUUUAAAACACAAAAGGAAGAAAAAAGAAAGUAAGAAGUGACAAAAGAAUGGGAUCCAGCAGAAAUUAUUGAUAUUCAAUGAUACAAUUUGUGUAGUACUUGGAUCAUUAGCAUUUUCAAGAUUGUUGGGUAAUAAAAUUAUUCAAAUUUUAAGCAA